CGCGCAGCAUGGAUGGUGACCAAAGAAGACCCCCAGUUGAUUUCCAUUUCCGCCGUCCCGAUAGCAAUAAGGUGACUUGGUCUUGCCGACAGCUUUGCAAGCAUGCAUACUGAACGCGCACGUAGCGAUCUUACUCCCAAAUGGACUCUCGCCGCCGCUCGUCUCCCUCGCCGCUCUUUGUCCGCCAAAACAGUGCCACUCCCGAGCGCCGUCCCACUCCGCCCUACUCUCGCCUCGCUUUGCCCAUACCACUACCUUCGCUACGAUCUCACUAUCCCCAUGAUGGCUUCGACUUCCGACGUCCUGUUUCUUCGGCUCGAUCAAGCACUUCGGCCAACAAUGUGAUCGACCUGACGUCAGACGAUGAUGCUGCCCCUACUGGAAACGCCCCAACUCCACAACCACGGCCUGCCGCUGCGCCAGUCGCCCUGCCUCGCUUUGGAAGAGAGAUCAUAGAUCUAUCUGCAGACGCUAGCCCCGUACGAGCCACACAUCCCCCCAACUUGAGGACCUCACCCAGCCCCGAGGUGCAGUUUGUUUCCAGCAGACCGAGAUCACGCACCGAUCAACACCCUAACCAUCCUCCUCCUCCAUUUCUGGAUCCGAAUCUCGAACGUCGUCGUCCCGUGGCAGGCUUGGUCCUAGAUGAUCCAGAAGACGAUGUCGUGAUAGCAGGUGAACGCACUGGCGUCAAUCUGCUGGGUCCAUUGGCCGCACACAGGAGGACAAAUUUCGGCACUCUAGCUCAAAGACUCUUCGAAAGAGGGAACAACACCCUUCCAGGCCUUCCAGGCCUUCGAGCUUUGUAUGCCGAUGUGAUGCGAGAGGGUGUGAUGCCGACUCUAUUCGGAGGCGUACAUGACGAAAACGAUCACCGCUUCCCCAAUCACAUGGGCUUAGCGGACUUGCCGGGCGCCUUGAACUACGAAACCCAAGCCUUCAACUUGGGGACAGGCGGCGAGCAUCAACAAGUACCGAUACCGAAAUUUGAUCCGCCAAAACCGGCUGCCGAGGGUUUUACUAGAGAUCCAACCGAGGAGGACACCAUCGUUUGUCCCAACUGUGAAGAUGAGUUGGCCGUCGGGGAUAGCGAUGAGAAGCGACAAGUCUGGGUCGUCAAGGGCUGCGGUCAUGUCUACUGCGGUACAUGCAUGAACAAUCGCAAGAGGAAAACGACGAAAUCCACAAAAGGAAAAGGACGAGCAGACGAUCCAAUGCUGCCGAGCCCCUUCGCGGCCUGCCGUGCCGAUGAUUGUGACGUCCGCGUCUCUCACAAGAGUGAUGUGAUGCAGAUCUUCCUCUGAGCUCUCGGUCUCCAUCUUGACUCUCUCGUUUCUUCUUCUCUACUGUUGAUACCCUCAUCUUUCGUGCGUGGGUCGCUGCAUUGGUUGUGGAGGAUUGGGAUUUUGUAUUUUCGGGGUGUAAAAAAGGAGCAUGGACAUGUUCUCUUGAGACGGGCGGGCAAACCACGUCUUCAAGCAUGCAUAGCGAUGGCGUUUAUCAAUGGUGACAUCUUUUCGGAAGAGAGAGAGAGAGAGCAGAAAGUGCUCCUCGCGGCGUUAACUUCAUGGGCUCUCGACAUUCGCUUUAUUAGAGCAGUGCUCAUCAGAGGGAACAACAUUUCAAAGCUCUAGCUUGAUUCAUUCAUUC